GGCCUAUACGCGCUAACUAAUCAAUAGUAAGUCAAGACACGAAGGCUAAUAAUCCGAAGUUGCGCCUUAUUCCUUUUUUUAUUUUAGUUUUUUGUUCUCUUUGUUUCUAAAAACACGCAACCAUGAGUACCGGCGAGGUCCGAGAAUACGGCCCCGAUGCAAAACCGGCCAUUUGUGGUCUGCAGACGGCUGGCGACCAGUCUGACGAUUUACUACCAUGGCGCCCAAUCUGUCACCGUCCUUGCGAAUUUGGCCUCGUGCAUUUUGAUUACGCCAUGGUUAAUGCCGUUAAAAACCCAAACCUCUUGUCUAGCUGGCUGUUCCGGGCGGAAAUAUUGUCCGAGAUCGAACAUGACCAGGCCGAGGUGUGCCCUGUGCAGGGGGAAUCCACGCUACCUCGGUGCCCGGCUCUGCAAGGGUUCAGGCUCGAAAGAGCGUAUCUUCGACAAAUUAUCCCACGAAACACCAGGAGAGACAGUCCAAUGAUUCAGAGCUGCACCUUCUAUGUGGAUUCCGCUCAAGACCCAGAUACAGGCAUUAGGAGAAGUCUCGUGCUCUAUCUCCCUCAUCUGGAUUCCACAGAGGAGUUUCCCUACUAUCAUCCCCGAGUCCGAGGCGUUGGUCUGCUUCACGAGUGGAACGAUGAGCAGGGCAAAGGCACCUUCUCUAUCCACUACCAGCUGUUUCCCGAGGGGUCAAUGACUCCCAGGCUGCAAAGCACAGCCCUUAAUAUGCUCUCAAUACUACACAAGCUCGGCCAGGGCCAACUCAAUGGCUACGUUAAGCGAGUGCAUCAUGACAGAUUAGUUCCAAAGUCGGCACUACAAGACAGAUACUCGGGCCUCAGAGAUCGCUAUGCCAAGGAGCUUGUCGGGGGGUGGGCAGAAUCUACAGACCCCAUGAAGCACGUAUUUGAAGAUCUCUGCAUAGCUGCAUUCUUGAUUGAACUUUGGGCAGAGAUGUAUAAGACGCUCGAAUUCCCAGGCUUUGUGGACAUUGGUGCCGGGAAUGGCCUCCUGGUCCAUAUCCUGAACCUGGAAGGUUACCGUGGCUGGGGUUUCGAUGCUAGAGCUCGGAAAUCUUGGCAUGUCUACAACGGUCUUCAAGCAGAUGGUCAGCCAACUCUGCAGGAAUUGGUUUUAAUCCCCUCACUCGUUGGCCAGGAAGUCUCUCCAGGUAAAAAUGACGUAGAAGUCUCGCCACAGACCGUGGGGGUCCACAAUGGCGUGUUUCCCAAAGGGACCUUCAUCAUAUCCAACCAUGCAGACGAGCUGACUCCCUGGACGCCGCUGAUCGCCACCGCUUCUGGAUGUCCAUUCCUAGCCAUCCCAUGCUGCAGUCACAACUUGACCGGCGCCAGGUUCCGGGCCCCACGGCCAACAGACAAGAGCAAGUCGCACUCUGCCUAUUCCAGUCUCGUGGCCUGGGUUUCCGAUAUCGCGACCGACUGUGGGUGGGAAGUAGAGUCCGAGAUGCUGCGGAUACCUAGUACUAGAAACACGGCUAUCGUCGGAAGGCAUCGUACAGUUGAUAUCACCGAGGUGGCCAUCGACCAAGUUAUUGCCAGGUACGGGGGUUCUGGCGAUUACUGUGAGAACGCCAUGAAACUUGUCAAGUCCAUCUCUCCACGGAGACACUAGCAUAGAGCAUACAGCCUCAGCUGACCUACCUAGGUAGGUUUGCUAGGCCGUACCUGAGAGCUCUUGUUGUCCUGUCAGAUUACUAUAUUGAGUUGGUCAGCACGUGACGAGUGUAUGCCAGGGCAUAGAAUGAAAACAUCUAAAUUUCGUCUUACCACCUCAAGCGUCAGUCGUCGUCCCAAUGCAUCCUACUGAUGAUAACAGGACGAGCUGGAUCCCAAGGACCAUGGAUUUCGUUCUUGUACUUUUGCAGCCCGAGCAGCCACCAGCUGCACCCACCCAUCGCUAUAGCGGCAAUAAAACAGGCUGCCACCAUGCCAAGAAGUCCGCUCCUCCACGGAAAACCCGCGUUGGUGCCGUUGCCGGCUAACGUAAGACCAACGCCAACACCGGCGCCCGCCACGAGCAGAAAUGUGAGUAAAACGUGGAAGCGCCAGCUCCGAUGGCGUGCAUAGCGUCGAAACACAGGGAACAGGCCAAAUACCUCAAUGCUGAAGAUAGUUAAGCCGAACACCUGCCCGGUUGACGGGAGGCGACUUGCCAAAACUGUCGAUGCCAUCAAUGCCGCAUUGGUAGACAAUGACGCAACAGAUAUAUGAUUAACGCCUGUCCAAGUUCCCGAGUAGUCGAAGAAGAAAAUGUUGAUGGCAAGUAGCCAAAAGGACAUUGCCCAAAUGCUGUCAGAAGACGUGGACCGGGUCAAAGACUUCAAAAUCGGAGAGAGGCCCAGGAGAGUGAAGUAAAUGAGAAGCGCCGACUUGAGCGCGUUUGCACGUAGCUGUGCUCUUCCACCUCGGAGGGGGGAAGAGGGCCUGUGCUUUGGGGACAGCGACGUUGCCGUAGCCAAUAGGCCGUUUCCGCUCGCAUGAGAGGCUGUAGAGACCAAUGAGCUAGCCGAAGUGGACUGCGGGUGCGCGCUGAUGGACAGCAAACUGCCCCGCCGGCUUCCUCCUAGUUGGUCAUUGUUGCCGACAACAGCCAGCCGGGGCCGCUCCGAGGUGAAUCCUACACCCGUUGGUCUGGGCCCGCGGGACCUGGAGCGCUGCUUUCGGG